CCGCCCGUCGUGUCGCAAUCGAAUGGAAUCUCUAUAAAAGUGUGCACAGCUGGAGCAGUGGCCAGCAGUACUCAACCGUGUGUCUUCUCAGUAACCGUGCGUGACGUUUCACUCAAACUCACCAUUCAACACUGCCACAUCAUGACGAUCGGUGUGAUCCUUGCCGUCGCGUGUGCUCUGACGUUUACCUGGCCAGUGGAGGGGAUGUACCUGCAGGAGCGAGCAAACUGUCGCACGGAGGGCUGUGCCACCCAGUACGGUUGCGUGCCCCGGUACUCGCAGUACAAAACCGCACUCUACUGUCCACAGCGUUGCAUGAUCGAACGGUGCCGUUCGGUGGAGAACGAACCUCAGCCCCGUGUCUGUCACAAGAUUACCUCGGUAGCCACCGGCCAAACGUUGGCGGCGAUGGACUCGUACGAUCGUCGUGGCGACCAACGGUACUACGGUGCUACAUCGCUUCAGAAUCCUAACACGGGCCGUGGUGAGCAGCGGUACGCAUCGCUGGUGAACCCCAACGCGGGCGAACGAGACCGCUGGAACCUGAUCGUCGGUCCGGGCAAUUACUACUACAUCCAGAACAGUGACACCAGGGAGUAUCUGCGUGCGAGCGAAAACAACUAUCUCUACCUUGUGUCCGGCCGUCCCACUGACGAGAGCUUCCUGUUCAAGCCCGACCUUGUUCAGGGCAGCUGGUCGAGCGUGUUGCUGCAGUCGGUAUGCUACCGUGGUUACAUUUUCGUCGAGCAGUACAGUGGCAGAUCCGCCAGCUAUGCAAUGAUGACCCACGAUCUGGAUCGUUGCUAUCGUGAAAGUGUUUGGAGCAUUAGCAGCGUCAACUGUUGAGGGUGCAACCUGUGAGGAGCACAUAAAUUAACCUUUCCUGCCGUUCGAGUCGCUCGAACGCUACUGCCAUAUUUGUUUGAUCAUGUAUCCAAACGAAAUAAAUGAAAGAUAAAUAUGAUA